GAAUGCAAAAGAAAAUGCUAUAGAUUCUUGGGUUUUUUCUUUUGCGUCUCUAGGCUUUUGUGUUUGACUGUACGAUUCUGACAUGGGUUUGUAAAGCUUAUAACGAGUGGUAUAGUACAGUGGACAAGUUGACACUGGCCAGUCUAUUUGUGAUUACAGGCUUUGUAUUGCCACUGGAAAAGAUUGAGGCAAAGUGCCAUGUGGUGAGCUCAGAUGUAAGCACAUGGCUUCUCUAAUAUCCAGGCUCUGAGACUGUAAAUCAAUUGGGGAAAACCUGGGGUUUUGGUGUUUUCAAGAGAAUCACUUGAAGAGGAAGACCAUCUGAUUGGGGUUAUAUGAGAAAAGCACAUAGUUUUUUAGGAGAAAGAAGAAAUUGAAAUAUGGUUUCUUAAAUGUUUUACAUAUGCUUCUUCUUUGCAAACCAGUUAAGUUCUAUAAGCAAAAACCAAAGCUGCUGGAGAAAUCAGUCACAACUGAUCAAGAAAGUUCGCCUGAAUCGCCUUGCAUAGAAGAAGAAGAUGAAGAAGAACAAGAAGAAGAUAUUAUUUUAUCUAAAGAACUAGUUCCUGAAGAUGAAUCCAUCACAGAAGAGAAAGGAACUGGAGAAAAGGAAGAUAUCUGCCAGAUUGAUGAGUACAUAGACAGAUCAUAUCCAGUUAUACUAUCAGAAAGUGACUGCUGCCUCUACCGUUCUUCAACUAGCGAUCAGGAUUCUGAAGCAGACUGGCCAUUUCAAGACAAGAUGUUUCGAAGCCCGGAUUGCUCUGAUGGAUCUAUUUCUGAUGAGGAAAGUCUCAUUGAAAUUGCCCUUCCUAGUGGACACUACAUUGGUCAUAAAGAAGAAGAAUCCAAGUUUAAUCUGCAGAAGAAAUUCCCAGAUUUCACAACAACAGGUUCAUUCUAUAAGCAACAUGGUCUAAUGGAGCUUUUGGCAGAACUAAAUGAGAUGAACGAGGAAGAAAACUUGAUUGAGAUUGAUAUAUCAAUGGGCUCCAUCAAGUGUCCAAGGUUUGACAUUGAAGCUUAAAUUAAUUAGUACCCUUUUAUAUAUAUAGUUAUUACGCUAAUUAUAAUUAAGUUUUUGAUCCUAGUGGGAUUUGGAGUUGAGAAUUAUUAAGGGGUAAAUUAGAAUUUCAAUUACAUUUGAUACUUAAAUUUUGUGGUUUCUUUAAUUUCUUGUGUUUAUGUUGUAAUCUGUGGAGCUUCUGAUCUUAUGUUUGCUCUUUGCUCUUUUGCAAAAUCUUUGGAUACCCAUUAAAGCCAGCAAUUGUACUAUAUGGCUUUUGUUUUCUCUUAAAUGCUCAAUAAAGUAGUAAAGGGUUUGAAUGGAGGGCCAUAUGGAUAA